CAGUACAAACUAAAAUUUCAUACAGACAAUGACUUGUUUUACUGCUCUAUAUAUUAAAUGAUAAUGUAAUUCACUGUACUACACACAAGUUCGAUGUCAUUUACUGAUGUGUGCAAGCACAUUAAUGACGUUGAAGUUGUCAUGGUCUGUAUGUAGUUGUGAUGGUAAAAAUGGAUAGAUUUUUAAAAUGAGGAGCAGGAAGCAACGGUAAUGACAACAGUGAACAUUGUAAGAAAUUGAAAAUGACUGGGAAAAAAAAACAUUGUCAGUUCUGAGAGAAAUAUAUUGCUUUGGAUUCACAUCUACAAAUAGUGAUCCAACUCAAAUGUUGUGUUUCCUUUUCAGAGAAACUCUAUCAAAUAACACUAUGAAGCCGGCACAUUUGCAACAACAUUUGAAGACAAAAACACCCUGUGCAUGUGGGUAAGCCAGUAGAAGUUUUUUCAAAGAAAGCUUUCCGAGUUCCAGACUUCCCAGCUUAAAAUGAAAACAGCUUCAACUACUUCUACAAAAGCACCUGAAGCUUGAUAUGUAGAUCAUUUGGCCCACUUGACAUCUGAGUUCAAGUCAUAUUUCCCCAACACUCAACACAACUCAGCUCAACUCGACUGGGUAUGAAACCCAUUCAUUUUGUCAGAUGUUAGCAGCAAUAAUCUCUCUGCCACUUAGCAAGAAAAUCUUGAGCUGUCCUCAGACCGUGGUCUGCAAAUGAAGUUUAAUGACUCCACACUAACGCAGCUCUGGUGUUUAGUACAGAAAGCAUACACUGACCUUGGGAACCAUGCUUUGGAUGUUUGUUCUCUUUUGGGUCAACAUUUCUUUGUGAAGUCUCAUUUUUUUCUAUGCCUGGCAUCAAGACAAAGAGCAGAAAGAGACUCAAUGUGGGGAAAAACCUAAUUGUUGCUGUCGCUUCACUGCCUCCCAGAAUGACAAGGCUCACAAGUGAAAAACAAGCUCAAGUAUCGCACUGAAAUAUGCUUGGAAUUUGGAUUCUUGCACUUUUUCUGCUUGGUACAGCCAGAGGAAAGGAAGUUUGCUUUGAAAGGCUCGGGUGCUUCACAGACAAUAUACCAUGGGCUGGAACUAUAGAAAGACCAGUGGCAAAGUUACCGUGGACUCCAGAAAAGAUAAACACUCGCUUCCUUCUUUACACAAAAAAGAAUCCUAAUAACUUUCAAGAGAUCACUGCAAUAAAUCCAGCAACGAUUCGCUCCUCAAAUUUCGAUCCAAGCAAAAUAACACGUUUUAUUACCCAUGGAUUUGUAGACCAAGGAGAAGAAAACUGGCUGUCGGACAUGUGCAGGAGGAUGUUUCAAGUGGAAGACGUGAACUGUAUCUGCAUAGACUGGAGUAGUGGGUCAAGGUGCCAAUAUACCCAGGCAUCAAACAAUAUCCGUGUCGUGGGUGCUGAAGUGGCUUAUUUUAUAAAUGUGCUUAUGGAACAAUAUGGAUACUCUCCUUCCAAAGUCCACUUCAUUGCCCAUAGCCUUGGAGCACAUGCUGCAGGGGAGACAGGGAGAAGGAGGCCAGGCCUUGGAAGAAUAACUGGACUGGACCCUGCUCAGCCUUAUUUUGAAGGUACUCCAAUUGAAGUCAGACUGGAUAAGACUGAUGCAGCCUUUGUUGAUAUUAUUCAUACUGAUUCAGCUCCCACAAUUCCAUAUUUGGGUUUUGGAAUGAGCCAGGCUAUCGGACAUCUUGAUUUUUAUCCAAACGGAGGAAUACAAAUGCCAGGAUGCAAGAAGAAUCCUGUUUCACAGAUUGUUGACAUUGAUGGAAUCUGGGAAGGAACUCGUGACUUUAUUGCUUGUAAUCAUUUACGAAGCUACAAGUAUUAUUCUGACAGCAUCAUCUCUCCCGAUGGCUUUCUAGGAUACACCUGUGCUUCAUAUGACAUUUUUCAGACAAAAAACUGCUUCCCAUGCCCCAAAGGUGGAUGCCCCCAAAUGGGUCACUAUGCGGAUAAGUUUAAGGACAGAGUUACUUCUGGGAUCCAGAAACUUUAUCUGAACACUGGAGAGGCCAAGGAUUUUGCUCGUUGGAGGUAUAAAGUAUCUGUGGCAAUUGCUGGAAAGAGUAAAGUGAGUGGGUAUGUAAAUAUUGCCCUGUACGGAGCUGGAGGAAACACAAAGCAAUAUGAAAUUGUUCAGGGGACCCUCAAACCAGGCGAAACAUAUGCCAACUUCAUUGAUGUUGAACUUAAUGUUGGGACAAUUACUAAAGUUAAAUUUCUUUGGAACAACCAUGUCCUAAACCCAACCCUACCCACACUGGGAGCAGCAGCGGUCACAGUACAAGCUGGAGAAGAUGGAAAUGUGUUUAAUUUCUGUGGCAGUGAAACUGUGCGAGAGAACGUUCUGCAAACUCUUACAUCUUGCUAACAACAUAAAAAAUGUCAGCGCUGUCUGUUAAUAUUAAUAAAAGUUGAUAAUGCAUAACUA